CUGGCCGUGGCCGCACGACUGCGCCCCCCACACUUCCAUCCCGUUCUUAAGACGCCUCUCCUCCAGAACACUCCCGCCCUGUUUCCAGGUUCCCUCCGCCUUAGGUCUCCAGGUGCCUCCACUCUCUCGGUGUCUGCUGAUCCGCGCCCGUGCCUCUCCGAGCCUUCCCCCCGGUGUCACUGGGGGCCCCUUCCUAGCCUUGAGAGCCUACGGAGCACAUCAGCCCCUGCGGACUCGCCCAGGGAAGACACGGCCGGUUGCGGACUGGAACUUGGAAGAGGAGACGUCAGGGAGCCUCUGCGGAGCCUCGGGAGUGGGGCGUCCGCCUCCCCCGCGGCGCCAGCCCGGGCAGAGGCGCCAGCUUUGGGGCCCUGAAAAAUCUGCAGACAUCGUCCAUGGAUUGUGAUUGAGGUGGGCAGCUCUCCCAGCAGCCCUGAGCUAUAUGGGUAAACUGAGUUACAGACAGAUGAAGCGUGUGGUCCGGGAUCACAGGCUAGAAAGUGGCUGAGCCUGGUGAGGGAGUCCAAUCACCCGUCAAGCUGUUGAGCUAAACCUAAAAUUGUCUCCCUAAAAAGAAUUCUGAAGCAAAAGGCCCCCAGCGAGAGGCAUGUGGCUGCCGCGCGUCUCCAGCACGGCGGUGACCGUGCUCCUGCUGGCGCAGACCUGCAUCCUGCUUUUCCUGGUCUCCUGGCCCAAGCCGCCGUCCCCAGCCGGCGGCAAAGAGCGGGUGCACGUGCUGGUGCUGUCCUCGUGGCGCUCGGGCUCGUCCUUCGUGGGCCAGCUCUUCAGCCAGCACCCCGACGUCUUCUACCUGAUGGAGCCCGGGUGGCACGUGUGGACCACCCUGUCGCAGGGGAGUGCGCCGGCGCUGCACAUGGCGGUGCGCGACGUGGUGCGCUCGGUCUUCCUGUGCGACAUGGACGUGUUCGACGCCUACCUGCCGUGGCGCCGCAACCUGUCGGACCUCUUCCAGUACGCGGUGAGCCGCGCGCUGUGCUCGCCCCCCGCCUGCAGCGCCUUCCCGCGCGGCGCCAUCAGCAGCGAGGCGGUGUGCAAGCCGCUGUGCGCGCGGCAGCCCUUCAGCCUGGCCCAGGAGGCCUGCCGCGCCUACAGCCACGUGGUGCUCAAGGAGGUGCGCUUCUUCAACCUGCAGGUGCUCUACCAGCUGCUCAACGACCCGGCGCUCAACCUGCGCAUCGUGCACCUGGUGCGCGACCCGCGGGCCGUGCUGCGCUCGCGUGAGCAGACCGCCAAGGCGCUGGCGCGCGACAACGGCAUCGUCCUGGGCACCAACGGCACAUGGGUGGAGGCCGACCCCGGCCUGCGCGUGGUGCGCGAGGUGUGCCGCAGCCACGUGCGCAUCGCCGAGGCCGCCACGCAGAAGCCGCCGCCCUUCCUGCGAGGCCGCUACCGCCUGGUGCGUUUCGAGGACCUGGCGCGGGCGCCGCUGCCCGAGAUCCGCGCGCUCUACGCCUUCGCGGGCCUGAGCCUCACGCCGCAGCUGCAGGCCUGGAUCCACAACAUCACGCACGGGUCCGGGCCUGGAGCGCGCCGCGAGGCCUUCAAGACCUCGUCCAGGGACGCGGUCAAUGUCUCCCAGGCCUGGCGCCACGCGCUGCCCUUCGCCAAGAUCCGCCACGUGCAGGAGCUGUGUGCCGGCGCGCUGCAGCUGCUGGGCUACCGGCCCGUCUCCUCCGAGAGGGAGCAGCGCGACCUUACCCUGGACCUGGUGCUGCCGCGCGGCCCUAGCAGCUUCAGCUGGGCGUCCUCCACGGAUGCACACCCCUAACCUUAGCGGACGCCCCCAGUUGCGGCGCUGGGGAGGGAGCUGGGCACGCAGGGCGCACGCCGCUUAUUG